AGCAAAGACAAAGAAAUCGCGCGGAGAAAAUCGAUCAGCUCUCAAACUUCUGCCAAGUUAUCCGCUCUAAAGAGACGACUGUCCAUCAAUAGCAAAGGUUCAAAAGACAAUCUGGUGAUCUCCGGGACAGGCGGCGGCGAAAACACAGUCGCCGAGUCCGUUACACCUGAGCUGUUCAAACCUGAAGACGACAGUCCCCGUCCACACUCACAUGCGCAAAAGACCACACACACACCCACGCACACACGCGACUUGCAAGAGCUCCCUGAGAGCGGGAAUAGAGCACACCCACACGCCAACAGCGUAGGCGAGCACGACAACAACCUAGCACCACCACCCACACAACACGCACAGACCACUGGGAACGCCAAACAAGCAACGAGCAUGUCAGCCUGCAAUCUCACGCACCAAGGCACUGGCGGGAGUGGUUCUGUGAAACGAGCCGAGGGCACGGGCCAAUCAAACCAAGCGUCGAUCACGCGCGCGGAGGAUGCGGGUGCCGAGUAUAACAAUGCGGAGGAGGCGGAAGCGAACGAACACCCCAGCAGCAUGACAAAGGGCAAGUUUGGGGUGUCUGCACACAGUACGAUGGAGAUGGACAGUCUGAGAACACGCGCUAAUUCCACACAUGACGAAAUAGCCAACCUGACACUGGCCGAAACGGAGAAGGCGCCGGAGACCUCGACAUUCAACAGACGAGCGUCCUUGCCCCAG